UUUAGCUUAGCGAUGCAUGUUUUUUGCCGAUGCUCUCCCGCACAUUUCCUUAGGUACUGUGGGCAUUUCUCCUCUACACGUUUUGUGUGCCACGCACAUUCUCGCAGUUAUUCUCACAACAUAAACCAUACUGUAUAUUUCUCUAGCAACUUGUCCUGGCAGUCAUCGAAUUGAACUCCCUCACUCAACGUCAACAACAUGACCGCUGCUCCGAGUCCCCAACACCAUCCAAUGUUUUAUUACCCUGACGGUACUCAUGUUCUUCGGGUGAGCUAUGUGUACCACCCCUUUCUACUUACUGCUCGUCAUCAAAAUGGCAUUUACGUGUAGGUUGAAAAUACGUUAGUUAAAGUCCACGGAAGCAUUCUCUCGGACAAAUCCAUGACUUUCAGGGACAUGUUUGGCACCAAUAGCGAUGCUGGACUCGUCCCAGUUGAUGGAAAAAGUGAUGAGCAGCCAAUCAUCAUCACUGAAGUCACGGCUGAAGGGUUCGAAUUAUUCCUCUCAGUUUGCUACAACAAGUGGCGUCCAGACACUGCAAAAAUGCAGGACGAAGCGAUAUUUCAGCUGCUCGAAGUAAGUUGGAAGUACCAGUCAAAGGCUGCUCGUGAGUACGCCCUCGAUCAACUCGAAAGCUCCCGUCAGGCUAUUCACCCCGCCAAGCUGAUCUCCAUCUCACUAAAAUAUCAUAUUAAGGAGACCUUCCAAUACGCGUUCAGCCGGCUUAUUCCGCUUCUCCUGAACGAGUUAGAUUGCAACCUUCUUACCCGCCCUGUCUGGAAUACUCUCAUCAGGGUCAAAGAGAAACUGGACAUUCACCGCCGCAUUGUGGCAUGUGAACCCCCACCGAUGAUCCACUCGAAGCGUUGCCAGGACCGGAGCUCCUGCGCCAAUGACUGGCGACAGGUCUGGUGGAAUGGCAUGGGUCGAUCUCUGCUCGACGGACGUAACCCUCUCUCAUACGCUGAUGCAAUGCAACAAUUCCAACAAGUCGAUUACGGACGUGUCUGUCCAGACUGCUGGAGACACAUGCUUGAUUUUUGCAAAUCGGAGAAGGCGUUCAUUCAUGAGCGCGUGCUUAUUGAAGCCACUUCUCAGGAUUUGGCGGGUCGUCUUAUCAAGGAACCUCUGUUCGACGAUGCGGUCUAUUCAGUCGACAUGUAACGAUCUCAUCUUGAGGCUUCUUCUGUGCUUCGCAUGUAAACAGCUCACAUGAAUUUCGUGCACUAUAUUUUUUACUUGCGGCAUCGCGCUCGGGUCUCGUAGUAGACGUCAUUCUUUUCACAAUACACAGGAACUCUAAUUCUGCGGUGUUCGCACUGCCAGAUCAACUGUGAAUAGUCC